UGAUUUUGAACGGAACGACUUUCCGUAGUUGUAGUAAACAUGGCGUCCGACAGCGACAGCGACGGAGAUUUUGUUACUUUUGGAACCCCAUUAGAACCGCUAGAAGAAGAUGAGCCUCUGAGGAAGCCUGUCCCGUUGCACGAGCAGACCGUGAAGGAUGAGAAGGGCCGCUACCAGAGGUUCCACGGAGCCUUCACUGGGGGAUUCUCUGCUGGGUACUUCAACACCGUGGGCACCAAAGAAGGGUGGACUCCAGCAACCUUUGUUUCAUCCAGACAGCAGAAAGCAGGCAGACAGAAUGCCAGGCCAGAGGACUUCAUGGAUGAGGAGGAUCUGGGGGACCACGGCAUCGCCCCCAGACAAAUCACCACUACAGCUGACUUCGCCUCUGGCAGGAAGGAUGUGAUCAGGGACAAGGCCAGAGCCAUCACCUCUCUUUCAGCUCCUAUCCCAGGGGACACCGUCCUGGAAGACUUGGUGGCUCCAGCUAGGUCCUCCAUGGGGGUGGAGUUACUGAGGAAGAUGGGCUGGAAGGACGGCCAGGGGGUUGGGCCCAGGGUGAAGAGGAGGCUGUGUAAGCAGAGAGCAGAUUCUGCAACAAGGGCGUUCGGCUCGGCCUCGCCUCCCAACGGUUCAUCGGGAUCACAGGAUGAGGAGGACGGAGAGUUCGUCCCUGAGAACGUGACCUUCGCUCCUAAAGACGUGACUCCUAUAGACUUCACCCCUAAAGUGGACCUCCACGGCCUGGGCUACCGGGGUCUGAACCCCCUGGCGGCCCUGAGGGGGGGUCCGGGCGCGGGACACAUCAACCUGUUCACCGUGGACUCAGACAGGACCAACAGCCUGUUUGGAGAGGACAGGAAGGGACAAAGACGCAGAGGAGGAGUGGCAGGACAGGGGUUUGGUGUGGGUGCGAUGGAGGACGAUGACGAGGACAUCUACCACAGAGACAUCAUGUCUAACUACGACACGGUGCUGGGAGGGGAGGAGCCUGGCGACGGACUGUACGGAUGGACCGCCCCCCAGCAGUACAACAGGAAGAAGAAAGACCACAGUAAAGACGCUGCUUAUCUGGGUAAAAUCCUAGAAGGAUUCACCCUGGCCUCCGAUAAGCUGGAGACCAAAACAAUCUUUCCUCCUCCCAACCUGCCCAGAGACUUCAGGCCGGUCCACUACUUCCGUCCAGUGGUGGACCUGUCCAGCGUCAGCCCCAUGGUAGCCCAGGCCCUGCAGACGUCUCGAGGACACAUGGCCCAGGAAGAGCCCUCUAAGGGGGGUCGUCACCAGCUGGACUCUGCCCAGAGGAGGGAGCUGCUGGGGGAGGCUACACUGCAAGGUCCCAGCUCUGUGUUUGACCUGUUCAGUGUUCUAGGAUCUUGUCAGAUCACCGAGUCUCUGUUGAAUCCAUCCAGGUUCGCCCCCCACGCAGAGCAGCAGCAGGAAGCUCUGAGUGUGUGGAGCGGCCCUACGGCUCAGGCCCAGACAGGACAGACCUUCAAACCCUUUGAGAGGACCCCUCAUAAACAGGCCCGAUACGACCUCUACAUAGACCAGCUCAAACAGGGAGACCGAGAUGCCCUGGAGUUGAGCUUGGACCCCACCAUGACAGAGUGGGAAAGAGGGAGAGAGAGGGAUGAGUUUGUCCGUGCUGCUCUCCUCUACAAGCCCAGCAGCUCCUCUCUGUCUUGUCGCUUCACCAGAGGGAAACAGGAUGACGCUGUGGAGGCAAACACUGUGGAGGUGACACGAGAUCUGGAGAAUGAUGUGGAUGACAAGCAGGCAGCCGUGAAGAUGAAGAUGUUUGGAAAACUGACCAGAGACACGUUUGAAUGGCACCCUGACAAUCUGCUCUGCAAGAGGUUCAACGUACCUGACCCCUAUCCUGGGUCAGGGUUUGUGGGAAUGCCCAAAGUGAAGAGAGACAAGUUCUCUGUGUUUAACUUCCUGACUGUAUCAGAGAGUCCAACAGCUAGUGCUUCUCCCGCUCCACAAGGUGUGAAGGCCUCUGAGCCAGGGAAGAGGUCCAGGUGGGAUGUGUCUGGCCAGGCUGGGGACAAGGAGAGGAAGGAGAAGGAUCCGGUCAGUGAGUUCCUCAGUGUGGCUCGUAUUGAAGCCUCUGGGUCAGGACCAGAAGCCUCUACUACUGAUGGCCCUACAACGGAUCCUACUGUAGAGGUACUGGUACCAUCCUACUACAUAACCCACUUUCAUCAGAAUGAUGGGAAGUCUUCUGAUGGUUUUCUUCUGAAGGAGAAUGAUGGGAGGAUGGAGGAGGAGAAGGAGGAAGGUGUUCUGGGUAGUGGCAAGGCUGGGACUGGUCCUCAGAUAUCUAACCAGUUGAAUGUCAACACAACCCAGCCUGGUCCUCCUGUGUCGACUACACCCAGCCAGCACCCAGACUUUGUGUUCAAAACGCCCAGUGGUCCUGCUGCUGCCCCUCCCCCUCGGGACCAGGAAAUGGAAGAGGAGGAGUUCGGACCUCGGCUGCCUCCUCCUUCCUCUACAUUGACAGCGGAGGGCUGUCCGUCCCUGACUCCCUCUGCUAAGGACGACAAACACAAGAAGAAGUGUAAGGAGAAGCACAAAGCCAAGAAACACGGCAAGCACAAGAAGGACAAGAAGCAGAAGAAGAAGCACAAGAGGCACAAGCACAAAGGCAAGCAGAAGAAGAGCAGUAAGAAGGAGGAGUCAUCAGACAGCAGCUCAGAGGGGAGUGACGGGAACAGCCAGGAGGACGGAGAGGAGGGGGGAGGCGUUUCAACAGAAGAGCUGCUCAGAAGGUUGAAGGGCAUCCGUGGGAAGAAGCUGCAGUGAAUCUGUGACCCGACAGACAACAGGAUGUCCUCUAUGAGGACAGAUAUCUGGAGACGGGAGUCAGGAACCAUUCUGUAUGAAUUCCAAUAGCCCUGUAGUUAUGCUGAUGAAAGAGGUUCUUACUUUACAUUUUAAAUUGUAAUUCUCAUGAGAUGUGAGUUUUUUUUUUUGCUGAUCGAUGUCUCGGGCUGAUAUGUGGAGAGGUCUUGAAUUGUUGCUAUCGUCUGUUAAUCAAUAAAAAAGGAGAUUUCUUGUUGUUGUAAUCUA